CACGCUUAUAAGAGAGAGAGAGAGAGAGAGAGAGAGAGAGAGAGCCAAAUAUGGGGCGAGAGGCCGUGGCAGCGAACGGCGCCGGCGGCCGGGCCAGGCCGCACGCCGUGGUGAUCCCGUACCCGCUGCAGGGGCACGUCAUACCGGCGGUGCACCUGGCGCUGCAGCUAGCCGAGCGCGGCUUCGCGGUCACCUUCGUCAACACGGAGUCCGUGCACCACAAGACGGCGCGCGCCCUCGGCGUCGACCCGGCCGGGUGCGACGUCUUCGCCGGCGCGCGCUCGUCGGACGAGGUGGAGCUGGACGUGCGGUACGAGCUGGUGAGCGACGGCUUCCCGCUGGGCUUCGACCGCUCCCUGAACCACGACCAGUUCAUGGAGGGCGUCCUGCACGUGCUCCCGGCCCACGUCGAGGAGCUGCUGCACCGCGUCGUUGCCGACCCGGCCACCACGUGCCUCGUCGCCGACACCUUCUUCGUGUGGCCCACCACGCUGGCCCGGAAGCUCGGCGUCCCGUACGUUUCGUUCUGGACGGAGCCCGCGCUCAUCUUCUCCCUCUACUACCACAUGGACCUCCUCGCCAUGCAUCGCCACUUCAAAUGCAAAGAGCCUCGCAAGGACACGAUCACGUACAUCCCAGGCGUGCCGGCGAUCGAGCCGUGCGAGCUCAUGUCGUACCUCCAGGAGACGGACACCACCUCCGUCGUGCACCGCAUCAUCUUCAAGGCGUUCGACGUGGCCCGCGGCGCCGACUACGUCCUCUGCAACACCGUGGAGGAGCUGGAGCCGUCGACCAUCGCCGCCCUGCGCGCCGAGAAGCCCUUCUACGCAGUGGGCCCCAUCUUCCCGGCGGGCUUCGCGCGCAGCGCCGUGGCCACCUCCAUGUGGGCGGAGUCGGACUGCUCCCGCUGGCUGCACGCACAGCCGGCGGGGUCCGUCCUGUACAUCUCCUUCGGCAGCUACGCGCACGUGACUAAGCAGGAGCUGCACGAGAUCGCGGGGGGCGUGCUGGCCAGCGGCGCGAGGUUCCUGUGGGUGCUGCGGCCCGACAUCGUGAGCUCCGACGACCCGGACCCGCUGCCCGAGGGGUUCUUGGCGGCCACGGCGAGGCGCGGCGUGGUGGUGCCGUGGUGCUGCCAGGUGGAGGUGCUCUCCCACGCCGCCUUGGGCGGCUUCCUGACGCACUGCGGCUGGAAUUCCAUCCUGGAGAGCGUGUGGGCGAGCGUGCCCAUGCUGUGCUUCCCGCUGCUCACCGACCAGCUGACCAACCGCCGGCUCGUCGUGCGGGAGUGGCGCGCCGGCGCGUCCGUCGGGGACCGCGGCGCGGUGCGCGCCGACGAGGUGAGGGCGCGGAUCGAGGGGGUGAUGGGCGGGGAGGAGGGCGCAGAGCUCCGAGAGCAGGUGAGGAAGCUGAGGGGCACGCUCGAGGCCGCCGUGGCGCACGGCGGCUCGUCGCGGCGCAACUUCGACGAGUUCGUCGACGAGCUGAAGCGCCGGUGCGGUGGCUGUUGAGACGAGGUCAUCGACGUGCAGAGCCGGUGCGACGCGCGCGCGUGCCUGCGACACGUUCUUGUACGUGCGAUGCGUAUCGACGUGUUGUAACUUGUAUUCUUCUGUGUACACUCGAAGUGAAGUACGUAUGCACUGCCACGCAUAAGGAGCUCGAUCGAACCGUGUCUGCGUGUGUACCAUGUACGGUCGGGCGCCAGUGUAGGCCUGAUAUAUUUACGUAUGUCCCGUUGGUUCCGUUGGCUGAAGUUUGAAGUGUUCUAUAGCGCAUAAUGUAAAUGUGGAGAUGUUCCAUUUUGGCC